CCUUAGCAGCAGCGCCCGUUUCCCGCUCCUUGGGUCGGCGGGACGUAGCGGGGCUCUUGGCCCCUGCGCUUUGGCCGGGGCGCCCCUUUCUUUGCCCUCCGCGCGCGCCAAGGCGGGCGAGCUCUAGCCAUGGCGACCUUGGUCCCGUCGCUCCCUCGCGGCUCCCCCUGCCUCCCGCCCUCUCCUCCUCCUCCUCCCCCUGCCGCUGCCGCUGCCUCUUCCUCCGUCUCCCGCUGGAACCUUUAAUGGCUCGGACCCUCCGGCGGCCCCACCAGCCCGACUUGUUCUGCGCCACCAGAGCGAGCGAGAGCCCGAGAGGAGCGCCGCCGCGCACGAAAUAGAAGCUUGUUUCUCCAAACAUGGGUGAAGUGGAGCAGAAGCCAACAGCAGGAUCCCGCUUAGGAGUUCAGGAGAAUGCUGGGAUCAGUACUUUGGAACAUGGACAAAAGCUGCCCACGACACCUACAGGAAAACUGGUUUCUAUCAAAGUCCAGAUGCUGGAUGAUACACAGGAAACUUUUGAAAUUCCGCAAAGAGCUCCAGGGAAGGUUUUGUUGGAUGCAGUCUGCAAUCACCUGAAUCUGGUUGAAGGUGACUAUUUUGGCCUUGAAUAUCUGGAUCAUAAAAAGAUCACGGUGUGGCUGGAUCUUUUGAAGCCUAUUGUGAAACAGAUCAGAAGACCUAAACAUGUCAUUCUAAAAUUUGUGGUGAAAUUCUUCCCACCUGAUCAUGCUCAGUUGCAAGAAGAGUUAACAAGGUACUUAUUUGCAUUGCAAGUAAAGCAGGAUUUAGCACAAGGAAGACUCACCUGUAACGACACCAGUGCUGCUCUCUUAAUCUCCCACAUUGUACAGUCUGAGAUUGGGGAUUUUGAUGAAACCAUUGAUCGUGAACACUUAGCAAAGAACAAGUAUAUACCUCAGCAAGAAGCACUAGAAGACAAAAUCAUGGAAUUUCAUCGUAAUCAUAUUGGACAAACACCAGCAGAAUCAGAUUUCCAGCUGCUUGAGAUUGCCCGUCGUUUGGAAAUGUAUGGAAUCCGAUUGCAUCCGGCCAAGGACAGAGAAGGAACAAAGAUCAACUUGGCAGUUGCCCAUACAGGCAUUCUGGUGUUUCAGGGUCACACCAAGAUCAAUGCCUUCAACUGGGCUAAGGUUCGAAAACUGAGCUUUAAGAGGAAGCGUUUUCUUAUUAAGCUGCGGCAAGAUGUAAAUAGUAACUUCCAAGACACACUAGAAUUCCUGAUGGCCAGUCGGGAUUUUUGCAAGGCCUUUUGGAAGAUCUGUGUAGAACACCAUGCCUUCUUCAGACUAUUUGAGGAACCCAAACCAAAGCCUAAACCUGUUCUCUUUACCAGAGGUUCAUCUUUUAGGUUCAGUGGCCGAACUCAGAAGCAGGUUCUCGAUUACGUUAAAGAAGGAGGACACAAAAAAGUACAGUUUGAAAGGAAACACAGCAAGAUCCACUCUAUCAGGAGCCUGACUGCAAAGCCUUCAGAACAGCAUUCAGAGGUGCCAAAACAAAGCUGUAGUUUUACAUAUGGAGAUGGUGCUGAUUCCCUGGUAGUGCAAAGCUGCCGACAGGGAAAGGAAUUAAAACUUUCAGUGGAAGAUGGUGGACAGCGCACAACCCCUUCCCUGAAAAAGAGCCCCAAGGAAGGCAGGAGGCUGGAUGGUGCCGUGAUGGCAGCAAUGGAGGAAGAAGAGGAGGUCGUAAAGGACAGGACUCAACACAGUAGAUCUCAGACGCAACAACCAAGCACAGGUUCUCUUGCUGGCAGCCCUCACCUUUCAGAACUGUCAAUCAAUUCUCAAGGUGGACCAGUCAUGGCAAAUACGACCUUAUCUCCUAAUCUGAGUCCUGAUAACAGGCAAGCUUCACCAUUGGUUAGCCCUCUGCUGAAUGACCAAACUGGUAUUCGGACUGAUGAUGAAGAGGAGGUCAGGAGAAAGAGGUUUCCAACUGACAAAGCAUAUUUCAUUGCUAAAGAAGUUUCCACCACAGAACGAACUUACCUGAAAGAUCUUGAAGUAAUCACGUCGUGGUUCCAGAGCACAGUAAAUAAAGAUGACUGCAUGCCAGAAGCACUGAAGAAUCUCAUCUUUCCCAACUUUGAACCUUUGCACAAAUUUCACACCAACUUUCUAAAGGAAAUAGAGCAGCGCCUCGCUCUGUGGGAAGGCCGCUCUAAUGCCCACUUGAAAGGAGAUUACCAAAGAAUCGGGGAUGUUAUGCUGAAGAACAUUCAGAGUAUGAAGCAACUGACAAUUCAUUUGCGGAAGCACAGUGAGGUUCUUUUUGAGUUGGAGAAUGGCAUCAAAAACUCUCGCAAGCUGGAAACCUUAUGCAGGGACUUUGAGACACAGAAAGUCUGUUACCUACCGCUCAAUACCUUCCUUCUUAGGCCUCUGCAUAGGCUUAUGCACUACAAGCAGAUAAUGGAAAGGCUUUGUAAACACUAUCCACCGAAUCACGUGGACUUCAGGGACUCUAGAGCUGCUCUGGCAGAGAUUUCAGAAAUGGUGGCUCAGCUUCACAGCAGCAUGCUGAAAAUGGAAAACUUCCAGAAGCUGCAUGAAUUGAAAAAAGAUUUGAUAGGUAUUGACAAUCUGGUGACUCCAGGAAGGGAAUUUAUUAGACUGGGUAGCCUUAGUAAGUUGUCUGGAAAAGGCUUACAGCAGCGGAUGUUCUUCCUGUUCAAUGAUGUCUUGCUGUAUACAAGCAGAGGCCUAACAGCAUCAAACCAGUUUAAAGUCCAUGGGCAGCUUACUCUAUAUGGUAUGAUGAUAGAAGAAAGUGAAGAAGAAUGGGGGGUUCCUCACUGCUUUACGCUGAGAGGGCAACACCAGUCCAUUGUCGUCGCUGCAAGCAGCCGCACGGAAAUGGACAAGUGGACUGAGGACAUACAGAUGGCAAUUGAUUUGGCAGAGAAUUGUAAUGGCCCUGCUCCGGAGUUCCUAGGGAGUAGCCCACCUGAUACUAGGGAAAAAAGAGAUGGUUUUUCCCUGCGUUUCAUAGAGUCCCCUGAGGAAUCCACUGUAGACCAGGAAUCGGAAGACGAUCUCAAUGCAUCCCGCACCUCGCUUGAACGUCAAGCUCCUCACCGUGGCAACACUACGGUGCACGUCUGCUGGCACCGAAAUACCAGCGUUUCCAUGGUCGACUUUAGUAUUGCUGUGGAGAACCAACUCUCGGGAAACCUUUUGAGAAAGUUCAAAAACAGUAAUGGGUGGCAGAAGCUCUGGGUGGUAUUCACCAACUUCUGCAUGUUUUUCUACAAAUCCCACCAGGACAAUCAUCCUUUAGCUAGCCUUCCCCUGCUGGGUUAUUCUCUUACCAUUCCUUCUGAAUCUGAGAACAUUCACAAAGACUAUGUCUUUAAGCUACACUUCAAAUCCCAUGUGUACUAUUUCAGGGCAGAGAGUGAAUAUACAUUUGAAAGGUGGAUGGAGGUGAUCCGAAGUGCCACUAGCCCUGCCUCACGAAUCCGUGUUUUAAGUCACGAAGAAUCAAAUGUUUAUUGAUGACUGAAUUCCAAAUUUUCAUUCCAGCAGUUGCUGCUUUUCUAGAGGACAUUUGAAUUUAUUUUCUCCUUUUAAAGUUUAGUAAAAAAAAAAACCACAAACAAAAACAAAUUUGUUUUUUAAAAAUUGUUUUGGAGCAGCUUUUUGUAAUAUUGCCUCAGCAGGGUUGUUUACUAUUAUCGGCCAAGUGACAGUUUAAUGUCUCGUAUUUGUCCUUCGGUGUGGUUUUUUAGCUUGUGCCAGUAUUAAAAUAUUGUCCUUGGAGUGCCAAAUGCCAAAAGACAUUUCCUUGCCUCAAAGAUUUGCACCAGAAAUAGAUUACAAUUUGUAGUAACUUCGUAUUUGGUAUUUCCCUGGAAAGCAAAAUGCAUUUUUUUUAGGAGUCAAACCCUCAAAAUGAUUAAGGAGUAGACUGCUGAUUUUUAUUUUUAUUUUGAAAAAAAUGUACUUCCUGUGUAUUGCAUUAAGACCCUUCAACAUAAACAUGCAUAAGAAGCCGUCUGAAAUCAA